GUGACGGACACUGAGCGCGAUGGCAGCACCGCUUCACCCCGGACAGCAGACAUGACACAAUAUUCUCUCUAAAGUAAUUUCUCUCUAAACAGCGGGACGGACUUUUCUUUCAGGCGUCUCCGUUUGAAGACUUGUUAGUCGACACACGUGGGAAACCCUCCAAACGCGCUUUUUCCUUUCCUGAGGGCUUAAAAGCGAGGACUCUGUGACAGGAUGUACCAUGAAGACGGCGCUAACUCUCUCAGACCACGUUAUGGAUCCAUUGUGGAUGAUGAGAGGCUCUCGGCGGAGGAAAUGGAUGAGAGGAGACGUCAAAACAUCGCCUAUGAAUAUCUCUGUCACCUAGAGGAGGCCAAACAGUGGAUGGAGGCCUGCCUCGAGGAGGAACUUCCUUCCACCACAGAGCUUGAAGAGGGCUUGCGGAAUGGCGUCUACCUUGGCAAACUAGCCAAGUUCUUUGCUCCUGAAAUGGUGUCGGAGAAGAAGAUCUAUGACAGAGACCAGAGCCGUUACAAGAGCAAAGGGCUACACUUCAGGCACACAGACAACACAGUCCAGUGGCUCAAAGCAAUGGAGUCUGUAGGUUUGCCAAAGAUAUUCUAUCCUGAGACAACUGACGUGUAUGAUCGCAAGAACAUGCCCAAGGUGAUCUACUGCAUACAUGCACUCAGUUUGUACCUCUACAAAUUGGGGAUUGCCCCACAGAUUCAAGACUUGCUGGGAAAAGUGGCCUUCACAGAGGAGGAGAUCAGUAACAUGAGGAAAGAGUUGGAGAAAUACGGUAUCCAAAUGCCAGCCUUCAGCAAAAUUGGUGGCAUUCUGGCCAAUGAACUGUCAGUGGACGAAGCUGCCUUACAUGCUGCUGUAAUUGCCAUUAAUGAGGCAAUAGACAAAGGCCAGGCUGAGGGCACCAUGGCUGCUCUGCAGAAUCCGAAUGCCAUGCUGAGAAACACGCAGAAGGAGCUUGCUAACGAUUACCAGGACACACUGAGCCAGGCCAAGAAGAGAAAGGAAGCACUGGCCUCAGGGCGGCGGUCCUCCAUUGCAACUGAAGAAAGGGAUGUGUAUGAAGAGUUACUGACCCAGCAGGAGAUCCAGAGCAGUGUAGAUGUGGUCAACACAUUCACGGCCACGCAGAAGGUGAACCAGGCAAUUGAUGCCCAGGAUAAAGACGCUCUCCUGGCUGGCCUCAGAUUACCUGACCUGGGCAUUCUCGGAGUCUUAGAGGCUAACGCUCAGUGGUACUUGGAGCACUUCACAUCUUACAGGGAACACAAAGCUAAGGAUGUUGGUGCUGCAGCUCAGUUGGAGAAGGAUGAGAUACAGAGGGUUGUGAGCUCCUGCAACGACUUCGCUGAAGCAGAGAAACGAAAGCAAGAUGCCAUGUCUGCGAUCAAUGCUGCCAUUCGUCGUGGUAUUCCAGAAGAGACAGUACAUGAGCUCAUGAACCCAGAAGCCCAGCUGCCUAUAAUCUACCCCUCUGCUGCCAACCUGUACCAGGCUGAACUCUUCAGCCUGCAGAAUGGCUCACAGAAAAAAAUUGGUCUGAGCCAUGAGGAGCUCUGUGUUGCUGUUGAGAUGCUGUCAGCAGUAGCUGUCUUAAAUGAGGUGCUGGACACUAAGGACUCUGUGGCGGUCACAGAGCAGCUUUCUGACUCUCCACUAGGAUUCAGUAACAUGGACCAUGACAACAUGCAGAGAUACGCUGAUACACUCAUAAGCCUUAGAGCAGAAUCUCUUGCUCAGGGACAGGAAUUCCUCACCUGGAACGAUGUUCAGAAGUGCAUUGACACUGUCAACUUCCAGGUUCACGAGGAGCAUGAACGAGUGAUUGCCAUUGCUGAGAUCAAUGAGGCAAUGAACUCUGGAGAUCCUGAGAAAACCCUUGCUGCCCUGCUCCUCCCCACAGCAAAAAUACAGGGAGUUAACCCAGAAACAGCCAAACACUACCAUGAUUUGCUGCUGCACACCAAAGAUCUUAUCUGCAAGAGAUCAGGAGAUGAGUCUGCAGUGCUGUGGCUGGACCAGAUCCAGGAGGCAGUCCACACUGCCAACCAAGACCAGGAUGACGCUCUCAAACUGGCUGAAGCAGUGGCCGACAUUAACAGAGUGAUAGCUGUGGGAGACAAUGAGGAAACUUUGGCUGCUCUGCAGAAUCCAUGUGCAGGACUGAGGGGAGUGCUGUCUGACUGUGCACCCACCUACCAGACUGAACUAGCACAGCUACAGGAUCAACACAUACAAGAAGGGAAUAGUGGUAGUAUGUGGGUGAAGCACAGAAUCAAGGACAAAUAUGACUAUUUUUAUGACCUGGAAACCAAAAAAGGGACAUGGGUACAACCUGAAGACUUCAUCCAUGACAGCACACAGCUCACAAAAGAGGACAUUCAGAGUGUUGUGAGCAGUGUGACAGCAGAGUACAAUCGGGAACAGCUGUGGUUGGCCAAUGAGCCACUCAUCGUACAGCUACAGGCUUGUAUUCGUGGAUACCUGGUGAGAAGGGCUUACAGUGACAGACUGGCAUAUUUAAAGCAACAAGAGCCAAGAGUAAUCAAACUACAGGCAUCCUGGAAGGGCUAUAAACAGAGGAAAGCCUACAAGGACAGACUACAAACCUUACAAAGCAAUGUCCAGACUGUAGUGAAGUUACAGUCCUUCGUGAAAAUGUGGCGAGCCAGACGAGCAUACACUGAGAGACUGCAGUAUUUCAAAGACCAUGAAAAAGAGAUAAUAAAGAUCCAGGCUUUUCUGAAGGCAAACAAAGCCAGAGUUGAUUACAGAACUCUGACUGGUGCUCAGGACCCUCCUCUCUGUGUGGUCCGUAAGUUUGCUCACCUGCUGGAACAGAGCGGCCUAGAUCUGCAGGAGGAACAGGAAAUGACACGGCUCAGAGAAGAGGUUGUAACUAAGAUUCGCGCCAAUCAACAAAUGGAGAAGGACCUGAACCUCAUGGACAUUAAGAUUGGACUGUUGGUGAAAAACAGGAUCACACUUCAGGACGUGGUGUCACUCAGUAAAAAGAUGAAGACCAAAAAGAACAAAAUGAGCAAAGAAGAUCUUGCCAUGGGUGACAAGCAGGGCAUCAAAGGUCUGAGCAAAGAGAAAAGGAAGAGAUUGGAGGCCUACCAGCAUCUCUUCUACCUACUACAGACAAAUCCAUCGUAUCUGGCCAAGCUCAUCUUCCAGAUGCCACAGAACAAAUCCACCAAGUUUAUGGACACAGUGAUUUUCACUUUGUAUAACUACGCCUCCAACCAGAGAGAGGAGUAUCUGCUUCUCAAGCUCUUUGAAUCUGCCCUCAGGGAAGAGAUCAAGUCGAAGGUGGACCAAAUCCAGGACAUAGUGACGGGGAACCCAACAGUCAUUAAGAUGGUGGUGAGCUUUAACCGUGGAGCUCGAGGUCAGAACGCUCUAAGGCAGCUACUCUCACCAGUGGUAAAAGAAAUCAUCGAGGACAAAAGCCUGGGCAUCAACACUAACCCCAUAGACAUCUACAAGGCCUGGGUCAACCAGCUAGAGACAGCUACAGGAGAGGCAAGUAAAUUGCCCUAUGAAGUCACAGCGGAACAGGCUCUAUCUCAUGAGGAAGUGAGGUCCAGGCUGGAGGCAUCUAAUCAGACACUGCGUUCUGUCACGGACAAAGUGCUGAGCUCCAUCAUGUCAUCAGUGGACACCAUCCCGUAUGGCAUGAGAUACAUUGCUAAGGUUCUGAAGAAUACGCUUCAUGAGAAAUUCCCUGAUGCUUCUGAAGACGAUCUUCUAAAGAUUGUAGGGAACCUUCUCUAUUACCGGUACAUGAAUCCGGCUAUAGUGGCCCCAGAUGGUUUCGACAUCAUAGACAUGACAGCCGGAGGGCAGCUGCAUUCAGACCAACGCAGGAACCUGGGCUCUGUGGCUAAGAUGCUGCAGCAUGCCGCUGCCAACAAGCUGUUCGAGGACGGGAGUGAUCAUCUUACAUCCAUGAACGGCUACAUCUCUUCCACUUACCAGAAAUUCCGGGUAUUUCUACAGUCUGCAUGUGAUGUCCCGGCUCCUGAAGAGAAAUUUAACGUGGAUGAGUACUCCGACAUGGUGACGCUCAGCAAACCUGUCAUCUACAUCUCCAUUGAGGAGAUCAUCAACACUCACUCACUUGUACUGGAGCAUAAAGAGGCCAUAGCUCCAGAUCACAGUGAUCUUCUGCAUGAGCUUCUGGAGGACCUGGGUGAUGUUCCUGACAUGGAGUCAUUGCUUGGUGAAGGCACUGUCGAUCCAAAUGACCCCAACAAGGAAAACACCAUGAGUCAGUUGGCCAAAACGGAGGUCUCCCUCACGCUUACUAACAAGUUUGAGCUGAUGGAUGGUGAUGACAUGGAUAUGAAGGGGCUGAUGAUGAAGACGAAGAAGCUAGUAGUAGAUGUGGUGAGAAUCCAGCCAGGAGAAACACUGACUGAUAUCCUGGAGACUCCAGCUACUUCCCUGCAGGAAUCGGAACAUGCUAAGCUGGUGGAGCGGCGGGCAGCACAGGACGCUACAGCACCAGAGGGUCUGAAGAGCAGUCAGGCUGUGCUAGAAGACCGGCAGUUGCCUCUGGAGCAGAAGAAGCGCAAGAUCCUCAGGAACCUGCGCACGCUGGAACAGGCUGGACUGGUCAGCUCUAGCAGCAAAUACCAGGAGCUCAUCAACGACAUCUCCAAGGACAUUCGCUACCAGAGGCGCUACAGGCAGAGGAGGAAAGCUGAACUGGUGAAGCUCCAGCAGACUCUAAAUGCUCUCAACUCCAAGGCAGCUUUCUACCAGGACCAGAUCAACUAUUACGACACCUACAUCAAAACCUGCCUUGACAACCUCAAUAGAAAGAAUGCUCGCAGAUCAAUCAAACUUGACAAAAAAGGAGAAGAGAAGGGAAGUAAGAAGUCCAAGCAGCAGUCCUUGAAGUACACAGCUGCCAGGCUACAUGAGAAAGGAGUCAUUCUGGAGAUUGAAGGACUUCAGACCAAUCAACUGAAAAACAUUAUGUUUGACAUUGCGCCCUGUGAAGAAGUCGGAGACUUUGAGAUAAAGGCCAAGUUUAUGGGAGUUGAGAUGGAAAAAGUCCAACUGCAUUUCCAGGAUCUUCUGCAGCUCCAGUAUGAAGGAGUUGCUGUGAUGAAAAUGUUUGACAAGGCCAAAGUCAAUGUCAACCUCCUGAUCUUCCUGCUGAACAAGAAGUUUUAUGGAAAGUGAAUUCUGUACCAUUGGAUGCGUUAACUCAGACGACACACUUGGGAAUAUUAACUUGCUGAAAAGUCGUAUUUGGGGUAGCAUUAGUGUGAAAUAAUGCACAAUGAGAAUGAAGUGUGCCUUCAGGUGAAGCUGUUUUUGUAAACAGACUGUGUAACUGGAAAUUCUGGGACAAUUAUUGGGUAUUUAAUUUUGAGCUAUGUACACAUAUCAGAAGUUCAAAUAUUAAAGCUGUACAGACAUAAAAAGCUACUAGUGCUAAAGCUGAAAUCCUGAUUGGUAUUGAUUAGAAUUGUAGUGAAAUUGUACCAAAACGUCCAGCAUGCUUCCAAUGAGAGGCUUAUAUUGACAAGUCUUACAAUUGUAUUUUUUUUUUCCACACAAUAAUUGUACAUGAUCUAUUUUUAAAUGGUAUUAUAAUUGAUAUAUCUAUUUUAUAUUUAGGUAGUACUGUACGUGAAACACUUUUGUCACUGUAAAAAAAAAGGAGAAAAAAUAUGGGAAAACAGGUUUUAUGAAUGAAUUUCACAAAGCACUACUGCCUCCUGCCUCUAAUAGAUUAAAUGGGAAAGCCAAAUUGUAAAGCCACAGACAAAUAUUCAACUAGUGCCUUCCAUUCAUAAGUGAUUAAGCUAUGUGCAUCUUUUAAAUGAUCUAAUAAAGAGCUUUUAGUAGCUUUUUAAAAGGAUGUGCUGGUAUUGUAAAAGUCAUUGAUCUGAAAUAAACAAAUCACAUCACAAA